UGUAUAAGAAGCUGAGAACGGAGCAGACGGUCUCAUUCUCUUUCCUUUUACCUUUGGGUUGUUCGCAGAUUGAUUCCUGACUAUGCCUGAGCCCUCCAAGUCCGCUCCGGCCCCAAAGAAGGGCUCCAAGAAGGCGGUGACCAAGGCGCAGAAGAAGGAUGGCAAGAAGCGUAAACGCAGCCGCAAGGAGAGCUACUCGGUGUACGUGUACAAGGUGCUGAAGCAGGUCCACCCCGACACCGGCAUCUCGUCCAAGGCCAUGGGCAUCAUGAACUCCUUCGUCAACGACAUCUUUGAGCGCAUUGCCGGCGAGGCCUCGCGGCUGGCGCAUUACAACAAGCGCUCGACCAUCACGUCCCGGGAGAUCCAGACGGCCGUGCGCUGCUGCUGCCCGGGGAGCUGGCCAAGCACGCCGUGUCCGAGGGCACCAAGGCUGUCACCAAGUACACCAGCUCCAAGUGAGCCAGCCUGCAGCGGAGCGACUGAACUGUGUCCAUCACUUCUUGCAUGAGAAGGGAUCCUUCUGAAGCCACCAGAAUGAUUAACCUCAUCAGAGCCCUUUCAGUGACAUCUACAGUGGACUCUCCACUUCCGCCAUCUCGACAGUCCUCUGAUAUGUUUUUGUUGGAUCUAAAAUCUUGGCGGAGGCAAAUCCCUGAACACCAUCCUGACUUCUUAGGAUGGGAUCCUUAUCCCCUUCACCUACAUCAGUCUGUAGUUAUUGCUUCCUUCAAGCCUAGUGUUUUGGCAGUGGCCACACCAGGGAACACAGAUUUCUACAAGCCACAACCAUGACUUUAAAUAAUGUGGCAGUUGUAAUUUGAUGGAGUUAAAAAGUAUAGAAGAAUAUGUACCAUACACUUACUACUCCAGUGUUCCUCACCGCAGUCCAUUCCAUGUGGGGAAAAUGAUGGCCUGCAAUAGUCCUUUAAGGCCAUUAUCACUCCAUACCUAUUUCAUAGAUGAACAAACUGAUGCACAGAGAAGGGGAGUAGUUUGUCUAAGUAGCUAGAAGAUCAAUGACACAGUCAGUUUAUUAACUUCAUGGUAGUGGCCUUCACUGUAAAAAUGAUAGAUUUUGUGGGGUUUUAUUAUCAUCAUACUAAAUUCUUUGAAAACGAAUGGAGAUGAGCCAUCUGUAUUCGUUUUAGCAAUGGGUUUCUCUCUUUUAUUCCCGAGGACAGGAGGAAAAGUAGAAAAAAGUAAAAUGGCAAUUUUUUUUCUUGGAGAAUACUGGUCAAAUUCUCUUUGGAGGAUCAUGUAGCUCUACCCUAUACCCAUAACACAAUCAGUAACUUUUGCCUUUCCUAUUAGAAAAAAAACAUGUGUAGCAAAGUGCCUGUUGAUUAUAGCACUGAAAUUGAGAGAAACUAAAAUCUAACUUUUCCAAAAGACAAUGCUCAAAAAAUGCAAAUUUAGGAGUUCCCUGGUGGUUUAGUAGUUAAGAUUUGGCUCUUUCACCCUUGCAGCCUGGGUUUAACCUCUGGCCUGGGAACUGAAAUCCCACAUCAAGCCCCUGCAUGUUGCAGCUAAAAAAAAAAAAAAAAAUUAAAAUUAAAAAAAGAAAGAUAUAUCACAUAAUGCUUGCAGACACCCUGUAUUUCAUUUGUUAGAAAUGUGUGCCAAUUUACAUCUAAAUCAUGCUACAAGGAGCAGAGAGAAACUUGCCCACUGAAACUCUCCGUGCAGACAUGGAGUUACUGUUAUAUCUCACAUCUGACCAUGAUUUCUCCCUUGAAAGCAGUAAUGAAAUAGACAAGAAGAGGUCCCUCUCUGAAGCAGCAGCCCCACUGGGAAGACCGUUUAUGCUCACUCUCCCAAAGAGUCAGCAAUCCAGGUUUGCCCAAGUAAAAGGCUAAAAA